AUGGCCACCGGCAUAUCCUACCUGGAGACCAUCGCGGAGACGACCCCUCUCCGGCGGGCCGUCAAGGCCAUCCCCCUGCUGAAGAGCAGGCUGGAAGUGGGCAGACAGCACCACCAGCAGCAAGACCCGCAGGAGGCAAUCAAACAGUACUCGCGCGCACGUGAGCUGGCCGAGGAGGCCAUCCAGAGCUUGAGCAGCGCCAAGUCGGUGAACUACGCGCGCUUUCUGCUAUCCGAGGUGUGCAGCAGCCUGGGCGUCGCCCACAACGACGUCGGCGAUGCGGAGAGCGCGCUGGCCAUGCACGAGCGGGCCCUGGCGAUUCGCAAGGAGACCGUCGGAGAGGAGCACCCCGCCGUCGCGGAGUGCUACAACAAUCUCGGCGCGCUCUUCUUCUCACAGGGCUCCUUCCAGCAGGCCGUGAGCCACUACGAGCAGGCACUCCCGCUGCUGAUGCUGGGCUCGGGGGGGAAGGCAGACGGGCCAUACGUCGCGCUGACGCUCUACAACGUCGGGGUCUGCCACGACGGCCUGGGCAACGCGGAGGCAUCCGUGGCCGCCCUCACGAAAGCGCUGGAGGUGGCGGAGAAGGCGCUCGGGUCGGACCACCCCAAGGAGCUGCCAGCAGCAUGGGACGCCGUCGUCAGCACCUUGGAGCAGGAGCUGUUGGACCGCUACGACCAGGUUGGCGAAGCGCGCAGGCGGUUCGAAGGACGUGCGGGGCCCAUUGCGACCAAGCUGGCGCCAGUCAAGUGGAAGCCGCAAGGGCAGCGUGUCCGAUUGGGGCCUGAUGUCAUCGCGGCCAAGGUCGCGGGCCGAUGGGCGCGUCACUUCAUGGGGGUCAGCGCGUUCCUCGCGAAGGCCAGCAGGAGGCUGCAAACCGCCAGCCUGCAGUGCUCCCUUGUCCCUGAGCAGCACCACGAGCUGGCGGACUUCGUCGCGAGGGCUUUGGAGUAUGGGCGCGUGGUUAUGGACAGCAAGAAGACGCUGGCACUGCUCCCGCAUUGGGUGAGGUCCUUCUUCGAGCAGGGCUUUCGCGUGAUCGGCAACACCGACUUCCUGGAGCAGGCGGGCCGCAUCGUCCAGUUCGCCAAGGACGCCCACGCGGACGCGAUCAAGGUCAGGCAGCAGAGCUGGAUCCAGUGGGCCAACGACAGCCUGCGGAACGGCGCUGGCAAGGCGCACCGCUUCACCAAGCUGCGGGCGAUGCAGGAGGUGCUGGCGCAAUGGCAGGGCACCCACACCGAGCUCACCACUGGACGGCUCGCCCAGACCUUCGUCCCGCAGCAGCAGGUCGCCAGCCAGCACCUGAUCUGCGACCGGGAGAUGAAGGCCUGGGAGGACGUCUGGUCGUGCCACAAGCUCGAGGCGCUGGAAAGGCCAGCUGACUUCGACGAAUGGGACGACCUCGAAGACCUCACCGUGGAGGCGCUGCAGCGGGCCGCAUGCAGCUUCCCCACCACCACGGCGCUCGGCCCAGCGCAGAUCGGUAUGCGCGCGCUCACCUUUCUCACGGACGACGGCGUUUACACCUGCGGCCAGCUCUUCAUGAAGUGCGAGGCGCUGGGGGCUUGGCCCAGCGAAAGGCUGUGGCACGCUAUGUGCCGCAUCCCCAAGGCCUCUGGCGGCUGCAGGCUGAUCACGCUGAUGCACUCGCUAAUCCGAUGGUGGUCGAGGGCUCGUGCCUCGACGUCCAAGGCGUGGCUGACGGCGCACCCCAAUGCCAGUAUUUGGGGCAUGGGCGGCGGCAGAUCUUCCUCCGACUCCGCCUUCGACCUCAACCUUGAGACGGAGGUAUCGGACUGCCUGGACGAGCACGUCGUAAUCGUCAUGCUGGACGCCUGGAAGUUCUUUGAGACGAUUAAGCCCGAGUGGAUACUCAUCGAGGCGCGGCUGCUGGGCAUGCCGCUGCGGUUGGUCUGGAUGUUGAUUGAGCUAUACAGGCAGCCGAGGCGGCUGCAAGCUUUCGGCUCGGUGUCCUACGCGGUCGUGUCACAUCAGGGCGUGCUCGCAGGAUGCACUCACGCCUGUGCCAUGGUCACCUUGCUCAUGUUCAGGCUGCUCGAGCAGGUGCGAGAUGCAGGCGUCACCCCGAGGGCCCUCAUCGACGACGUCACCUUGCAGUGGCGCGGGAGGCGGCUCUCGCAACUGGGCGUGCUUUGGGCGGCCACCACCAGGUUCCGAGAGGGCGCCCAAGAGCGAGGCAUUGUCGUGCAGCCCACCAAGUCGGGCAACUUGGUCUCAUCGGACGCGGCUGCUCGCGAGUGUGCCCGACACGCGGCGGCCCGCAAGCUGACCAAGAUGCGCUGGGCCCGCAACCUGGGGCACGAUCUGGGCGGGCGCAGAAACGCUAGGCUCCAGACGGCAAAGCGGGUGCGGCAGCUCAAGGAGCGGCGCGGCAAGUUGGCAGCUUUCAAAGGGGAUACGGCGAUCAACCUCCUCACCACGUGCCCGAAGGACGUCAGGAUGCAUCUGACCGGCGGCGUGCAACGCUGGCAGGCGAGGCAGAUCGCGGCGCACCACCGCCAGCACGGCGAGGUCAAGCCUUGGGUGCGGGCCAUGCGGCUCUGCGUGGGCGACGGGCGCGCGGCUUUGGCGGAGGGCCCGUCGGCCACCAGCCUGCGUCACCACUGGGCGACGGUGGCCUGGACGCAACAGGCCCAGCACGACCUUGGGCUGGCGGCGGCGCCGAAUUGCAGGGCCUGCGGACAUCCGUCCGACUCGCCUGGGCACAGAUUUUUCGGCUGCAAGGUACUCGUGCAGCCGCUCACAGAGGAGGAGCAGGACGAGCAGCUGCCGCCCGAGCCGAUGCAGGCCAUCCGCACCUUCAUGUGCGACAAAGGCCUGCAGGAGGGCGGCAGCUUCGAGAGCGCCGACUUCCAAAUGUGCUUGCCCUGCAUGCCGCCUUUCGCGCCGCCCGCCGCGGAGCAGGCCGAGGUGAAGUUCUGGGGCUGCUGGCCUAGCCAAGGGGCGGACACGGCUUCCUGCAGCAACGCCGUCUUCACCGAUGGCUCAGGCUUCGCGUCCAGCAUGCCCGAGCUGAGGCACGCGCUGCUGCAGGCAUUGCGGCUCGCGGGGCCGCAGCUCGAGUUCGUCUUCACCGACCUUCUGUCGAUGGAGAAGGAAUGCCCCCACCCGCUGCUGUACUCUGGCAACAUGUGGGCCGACUGGUUCGCUCGGCAAGGAGCCAUGCAGCACACCGUGUCGAAGGUGUACGAGGAGUUCUACAACAUCGAGCUGCGACACUACAAGAGCCUGGCAAAGUACGUCGGCUGGGCGAUGCAGAGGACGAUGCACGCAGGCCGCUGGGAUGCGCCCGAGCAGACAGCCCGCCCGCCAAAGGUGCCCAAGGUGCAGGCGGCGACUGUGAUCAGCCACUCCCUGAUUCGCCUGAACGGGACGGCGGUGGUGCUGUGCCGCGCUUGCUGCAGGCAGACCAGCGGGCAGACGGGGCCCACAUGGACGCAGUUCGCGCGUUCAGCUUGCGAGGCCAGCCAGUACACCGCGCUGCGGGCCGAGGCCAUCAUCGCGCACGUCGGCGCGCAGCCCAUUGUGGUCUCGGAGGCGGGCGAGUUCGCUAUGCAGGCGAUCGAGCGCGCGGCGUGCCCCGAAGAUGCGGGGCCCAGGCCAGCCGAGCCUGCCCCCUGGGGCUCAGGGGACGGCACCAUCGAGAUGCAGGGGCACAGGCUGAGGCGCGCAGGGCCCACCAUCUACUGCGAGGUAUGCGUGGCAUGGGCGGCGACAGGCUCCUCACUGGCCCUGGCUGCGCCCUGCGCUGGCCCGCCCAGCGCCGAGGGCAAGAACCAGCGCACCUACCUGUCCAACCUCAGGGCGCGGCUCAAGAAGCUCAGCCAAGGGCUGCACCCCAAGACAGGAAAGGUGCUCACUUGGGGAGGUGCAGGCGAGGCUCCAGACGGCCCCAGACCAUGGGCCACAGCGGCGGCCAGCGCGGCCGCGGGCGACAUGGCCUCUGGGGGCGACGGCGCUGCAGAGCGGCCAAGCGGCAGGCUCGCGCAGAAGGAACAGGGCGAGGCGACCAGGCCUGGCCAGGACCACGAGACGCGCGAGGUGCCUGCAGGGGCUGGAGGGUCCGACGCAGUCCAGACAAAGAAGCCUGCUUGGCGGGUGCGACGGCAGGAGCUCCUGGAACGGAUGCAGCAAAGGCAGCAGCAUCUGCUAGCCGAACGUGGUCCAGCAGCCGCCAGCGGCGCGCAGCGUGAUGAGGGAGACAUGGCCGACGGCAGCUUGCCCUCGGCCUUUGGAGCGCACCAAUGCCCCGACGGGGGCACCACUGGACUGGGGACGCUCCAGCCGCCGCCAGCUGCCCCAGACGUGGGGGUGGUCGAUGCCUGUCUGGCGGCGGGGCCGUCGCGGCUGCCUGCGCCCUUGAGGUGUGACCUGGCACACGAGGGGACGCUGACCACGGACCACCAGGAGGGCGCCGUGACCAGCCCUCAGGACAUGAGCAGCCCGCCGCAGCCGUUCUCGACUACCGAUAUGGCCAGCACCAGGGGUGGCAGGGGACCUGCAAAGUGCGGUCGCGAAUGCGGCCCCGCCCUGAGUGCUGGCAGGUCUGACAACUCGCAGCGGGCGAUGCCAGGCAUGGCCAGUGACAAGGGUGGCAGGAGGCCUGCAAGCCGCGACCCUGAGUGCGGCCCCACCUUGGGCACUGGCGGCGACGGCAGCCAGGCCCACCGCGUGCGGCGACGAUUUACGGCCUGGGCCAGGGGUGGCAGGGGACCUGCAAUGUGCGUGCGUGAGUGCGGCCCCGCCCUGAGCCCAGGAUGCGACGUGGACCGCGACGGCAAGGGCAUGGCCAGCGCCAGGGGUGGCAGGGGACCUGCAAAGUGCAGUCCUGUGUGCGGCCCCGCCCUGGGCACUGGCAGCGGGUCUCUGGAAGCGGCGUCGCCUGAGGAGGACCAGCGGCAGCCGCAGCUGGCUUCUGGGGGGGCGUGUCCGCGUGCAGCUACGGCUGGUGCCAGGGGUGGCAGGGGACCUGCAGUCUGCGGUCCUGAGUGCGGCCCCGCCCUGAGCACCAGCACCCACCCCGAGCGGCGACGGAUUACGGCCUGGGCCAGGGGCGGCAGGGGACCUGCAAUGUGCGUGCGUGAGUGCGGCCCCGCCCUGAGCCCAGGAAGCGACGCGGACCGCGACGGCAUGUGCAUGGCCAGCACCAGGGGUGGCAGGGGACCUGCAAGUGCCGACCGUGUGUGCGGCCCCGCCCUGAGUGCUGGCAGUGUUGCGGUGGCUCGGCCUGAGCCAGCGCAGCCGAGGCGCAGCGUCGCGCCCAGGCUUGAGCUGCAGGUCGCUGGAUGGGCGCGGUACUGGACCCAGGCUCCCGAGGUCGGCGAGACGAUGGAGUGCUACAGCGAGUGGCUCGACACUGAGAUCUGCGAGCGGGCCUGGGGGACUGGCUUGCCCGCGAGGCGGGCCUACUACAGGUGGCGCCACACGCUGACGCGGUCGCAGAGGAUCGUGUCGGACUGCAUGCGGCGCUACGACUACGUGUGCCUGCGGACGUGGCUGGCCGAGCUGCGGCGGGACGGGCAGCCACCGCCCAUUGGCAGUAAGCCGCGCGCGCCCGGCUCGCGGAGGGCCCCGCUGCAGCGGCCACGCGGCGCGGCGGCCGCGGCGGCUGCCGGCCCGAGCGCCGCAGCGGGCCAUGGCCGCCGCGGUGCGCGCUGCGGCGGCGCCGCUGCGGCGGCUGGCCGGCAGGGGAUCGGCACGACCGGCGUGCCCGGCAGCGCGGCGUCGCCCGCCGGCCUCUCGCGCACGGCCAACAGCUACAUCGGCCUGGGGGCGUUCGAGACCAUUGGCGGCGACGCGCAGGGAGCGAGGCGUCAGGCCUCUCUUGCGCGUGGCCGGUCCGUGGGGUCCGACGUCGGGCGCAUGGCCACCGGCAUAUCCUACCUGGAGACCAUCGUCGCCGAGCAGGAGGCCGCGUACGAGGCGGAGACGACCCCUCUCCGGCGGGCCGUCAAGGCCAUCCCCCUGCUGAAGAGCAGGCUGGAAGUGGGCAGACAGCACCACCAGCAGCAAGACCCGCAGGAGGCAAUCAAACAGUACUCGCGCGCACGUGAGCUGGCCGAGGAGGCCAUCCAGAGCUUGAGCAGCGCCAAGUCGGUGAACUACGCGCGCUUUCUGCUAUCCGAGGUGUGCAGCAGCCUGGGCGUCGCCCACAACGACGUCGGCGAUGCGGAGAGCGCGCUGGCCAUGCACGAGCGGGCCCUGGCGAUUCGCAAGGAGACCGUCGGAGAGGAGCACCCCGCCGUCGCGGAGUGCUACAACAAUCUCGGCGCGCUCUUCUUCUCACAGGGCUCCUUCCAGCAGGCCGUGAGCCACUACGAGCAGGCACUCCCGCUGCUGAUGCUGGGCUCGGGGGGGAAGGCAGACGGGCCAUACGUCGCGCUGACGCUCUACAACGUCGGGGUCUGCCACGACGGCCUGGGCAACGCGGAGGCAUCCGUGGCCGCCCUCACGAAAGCGCUGGAGGUGGCGGAGAAGGCGCUCGGGUCGGACCACCCCAAGGUGGGGCUCAUCAAGGCCACCAUAGAGAAGGUUGCUGCUGGCCAGAAAGCGUAG